UCGUGCCAUGAAAGAAAGAGCACCUCUAUUUGAUGAUGGGCAGGCUUGGGGAGAAGACAGUGAAGAUGGUAUAAAACAUAAUAAGUUGUUUCUGGAAUACACCAUCAAAUGCUAUGAGAGUUUCAUGGCCGGUGCUGACGACUUUGAAGAGAUCAAUGCAGAGCUGCAGUCCAAGCUGAAGGAUUUAUAUAAGGUAGAUGUGUCCAAGCUGCAGUCGUUAGCAGAAGAAAACAAAAAACUCAGUGAACAGAUUGCAAGAUUGGAGCAAGAAAGAGAAAAAGAACCGAAUCGCCUAGAAUCAUUGAAGAAACUGAAAACUUCCUUACAAGAAGAUGUUCAAAAGUAUAAAGCAUACAUGAAGAGUUUGGAGUCACAGUCGUCCGUCCUAGACCAGCAACUGAGUGGUCUUGAUGACGAAAUUGGGAGGCUACAAUUAGAAUGUCAAGCAAUGAGAGAGGAAAAUGCUCGGCUACAGAAUAUAGUUGAUAACCAAAAGUACUCGGUUGCAGACAUCGAGAGAAUAAAUCAUGAAAAAAAUGAGUUGCAGCAGACCAUUAAUAAAUUAACCAAAGACCUAGAGACUGAAAAGCAACAAAUGUGGAAUGAGGAAUUAAAAUAUGCCAGAGGCAAAGAGGCGAUUGAAGCACAAUUAGCAGACUACCACAGAUUGGCUAGAAAAUUAAAACUUAUUCCCAAAGGUGCUGAGAACUCCAAAGGUUAUGACUUCGAAAUCAAGUUUAAUCCUGAAGCUGGUGCCAAAAGCCUUGUCCAAUACAGGACUCAAGUAUAUGUACCUCUCAAAGAACUCUUGAAUGAAAGCGAGGAAGAAAUUAGCAAAGCCUUAAGUAAAAAGAUGGCUUUGGAGGACACUUUAGAGCAAGUAAGUGUGGAGCAUGUAAUGCAGCCUAGCGUCGAGUGUGACUUGUGAUUGCUGAGCAACGUGGAUUAAAUUCUGGUUUGUCUGAGACAGGGCUUCUCUGUGUAGCUCUGGCUGUUGGUGGCACUCACUCUGUAGACCAGA